GAAACACUGAUACGCCGCACGAUGCCGAACAAUUAGUUUAACCACGUCGAGGUUCUGAGUCUGGGAUGUGAGGUCCAGACUGCUCUAAGCAUUGAUUAUUGCUCGCCGAGUACAGUGCAGAGAUUGCGGGCACGAGGCUUAUCGUAUGACUGUGACUUAUGAGGACUGACGACUAGACACUGAAAGUUGUUCGUUGACAUACUGAAUUACAAUUGUUUUCACACACUGACAGCCAACUUUCCCUUCUCACCUCAUGGACUCUGACCGUAAAUCGACAGUCUCUUCGUUUUAUGGUGGAAGAAGAGGUUCUCAAGAUGCUUUGAACAACGACUUUCCCUCUUCUUCUGGUCCAAGCUAUCCUAAUUAUGCACAAGGACGAGGCAGGGACGAUGCUUCUUCUUUUUUCGACCCGGAUAAGACUUCCCGCAACUUGGAUGGUGCAGGGCGAGCCAGUACUGCUGGAUACAACCGAGGAUCCUUUUUUCUUGCCGGAAGGGAGGAGCCGGUCAAAGGUGGUCGCGACGAAGAAGGAGGGGCUGGAGGCAAUGGCGGAGCCUGGGAUAUCUAUGCCGAUUUCAAUAAUGAAGGUCCAAGAUAUAGCAGUGCUUUUGGUUCUUCCUCGACUGCAGCCGAUGCUUAUCAUCCAUUGGUACAGAAGGAGGAUGUUGCCAGCACUAUCGGUCCCGUUGAGAUGGUCACCGUCCCUGCUAUGGGUCCUGAAUGGCAGCGUGAUGAACUCAGGAACAUGACCAAGGCUGGCAGGCGAGAGAUCAAGUCAGAAAGUAGAAUGCAAGCAUGGAGGGAAUGGAAUCGAGGUCAACGUGGAAUUUGCGGCAAAUGGUUCACUCGAAGAAUGCUUGUCAUAUUCCUUUUUGUUCUUUGUUGCUGCAUCGGACUCAUCCUUGCGUUCACCAUCCCUCGUGUCCCGUCAUUUGCAUUCAAUACCAGCACUCCAUUAGCCAAUGCCACAGGAGACUGGAAAGAUGCCAUUCCGACCGUGUUCAGCCGGUCUCCUACCAACUUCUCGUUCGCCGCUUUCGCGGACCUCCAAGUCAAUACUGAUUCCAACUUCCUUCCGCUCACGUUCAAUCAUCUUCGAGCAACCGUUUAUGAUCUCGAUACUGGUAUAGAAGUUGGUUCCGGUGACUUAGGGCAUCGAACAUUUCCAGCGAAAACGUUAUCUAGCUUUCAACUCCCUCUCAAUUUCACGUACAGCGCCGUGAACACCAGUGACACAACUUGGACCAACUGGUAUGAUGCCUGCAGAAACGCUAUUGACGAUGUUGGUGGAAUAAGACCAGCGGUCAAAUUUACAAUCAAACUUGACAUGGACAUUGCUGGACUAACUACGAACCCUUCAACGCAAGCUCAAGUGUCAAACGCAGCUUGUCCUGUUGAGCUUGCCGAAAAUGCUGGUUAAAUCAUACGCUAUGUUAUGGACUCAUUUGGACUUAUACCUCGGUCAUACUUACGAACGUCCUUUAAUUUUUGUUGCAUAGAACAUUCUUUUAUCGGUUCUUCAUUUUCACCUAUAUCUGAGCUUGGUCACUUUUCGCAAUCAUUCGUGAUCCUCUUACUAGUGGGAGGCUCAUCUGUACCAUUCAUAAACAGCAUAGGUUGUCCAACUCAGCUCUACUAUUCACUGAACCCAUGAAUUUACUUUGUCACACAAAUACCAAACCGUACAUAAAGGAGAUUGAAAGAAUGGUUGAAUAGCCACAAUCCAAGCGUGUAU